AUGCUUAAAGUUGCCAAAACCCCUCGCUCAUCCACCACGGUUAGGUGCUGCAACCUGGGUUUAUCUCUCAAAAACAACUGCCAUAAAUGCUCCCUCACCAUCCUCUCCAAGGGCAGCACGGGUCAGACAACGAGGUCAUACCAGCAUUUUUACAUAGACCCCGAUUCUGACAUUUCACACAUCGAUCGGGAAAUAUGGGUGGAUGGAAUAGAGGACAUCUUCAUUGACAUGAUGUUAGCUGACUCCCUUAAUGGUGCACUGAGGGCUGGGAGGAUAACUUCUAGGGACCAUGCUUCCUAUGCUGCACAUCUUAUGGCUGUGGGCAUAAAGACGUACGAUGCGAGCCAAAUCAAGGGAAAAAUACAUCGGCUUAAGAUGAUGCAACGACUUUUCACAGACCUCAUGCACCAAACUGGUAUGGGAUGGGACCCCGAUACCAAAACAGUUCUAGGGAGCGACGAACACUGGGCAAAUGCCAUUAGGGCCAAGCCACAAGUAAAGAAGUUUCGUACCUCGGGUUGCCCACGAUAUGCAGACCUCUAUACCAUUUUUGGCGCUGAUGUAGCCACGGGCAUACUCCACCAUGCGUCCACUCAACCACCACCAUCUUCGGAUGAGGAGGAGCGUCUUGACGCUGAGAUGCGGCGUAGGGGCCCGACACUUGGCACCCAAGCCAGUCGGGAUUUUGUCUUUGAUGGCCCGUCGCAAUUUCCCAUGGACAUGGGGACACCAUCGAGUUGCUCUCCCCGACGGCGUCAGAAGGGAGGGCAAAAGAACCAGCAUGACGAGAAGAUAUCGAACAUGGUUGACGCGAUCACGCAUUCCUAUGAGGCACGCCGAAAGUGUUAUGAGGGUAGAGGGGAAGCGUCAGGGAAAAAACGUAGUAGAAGAUCCACACAUUGCAUGGAUAGUGAUGACGGUUUCGAUUCUUUUUCACACUGCGUGGCCUUGUUACAGGCACUUCAGCCCCCACUGCCUGACGAUAUUUUCUCCUGUGCGUUUGAUCGGUUAAUGAAUCCCCUUGCACAACGAGGAUUUUUGGUAAUGGAUGAUGUCCAUAGGCGAGCGUGGGCUAUGCAUAGUUGA